CUCUGAUCAUGACGCCAGGCUGUGCCCCACGGAGGACGUUCUCUAACCAGGUCACACAUGGCAGAUGUUAUCUGAACUAUCCUACCAAGUAUUUCUUUCCCCCGAACCACGAUAAUGGACGGCUGGCUUAAGUUUGCGGUAACUGCGUCGUUACUGUGCCUGUCGUAUCAGUCAUCAUGCAAGUCCACUCCACCUUCAGUAGCCUUCCAGAACACGCGCUUCUUCGGUCUGUGGUAUGAAGUAGGCAAGAUUCAAACGGCUGGUGGAGCACUGUUUGAGAAAGACUGCGUGUGUACAACAAUAGACGUGAAACCCACCCAUGGUAGUUCCAGCGGGGAUGCAACUGUCGUCAACAGUUGCAGAAAGUCCUCUCCUUCGGGGUCAUUCCUGAACGCCACAGGUACUUUGACAGCCGAGGGCCCGCAAGGCAAGUGGAAGGAAUCCUUCUUUUUUUUCGCUCCAAAGGUAGACUACACCGUAAUCUACUUGGACGACCAGUACGCCAUCGAGUACGAUUGCGGCAGUUUCUUAGGCAUGACAAACUACUGUGUGCACUUCCUGGCUAGGAAACCCAGCAUCGGGGACGAGACUCUGCAGCUACUCCAGAAACUGGUCUAUCAGCUGCAGAUCAACACGGAAAAUUUGCCAUACAAAGUCACCAACCAGGUUGGUUGCUGGUGAGAUGACGACUGGAGCCCUAGAGCUUACCACCUCACCUUUAUAGUAAGCUUAUGUAGAGUACAAGUCAGUUUGGAUAACGGUUACCGACUGCAUAUAUCAGUCUCAUCCGUAUGUUCAUUCAGAUAGAAUAAAGUAUGAUAUAAACUUU